AGAGAACGUUUAGAGGUUAAGUUAAGGUUAGGUUAGGUUAAGUUUAACUUCAUCAAGCACACCGACGAGAGCUUUAGAAUAAAGAUAUCGUGAUUAUUAAUAAAUACAAAUUCUUUGUGUUGUUAGACACGAAUGUAAAUAACCGAAGAACAUUCGCAGAGUUAAUUAACGAGGACUGUGUGGUAGAAUGCGGAUGAUCAUAGGCGAAGUUGCAAAGUCAGCUGCAACUACGAUAUAUUUUCCGUUCACGAAGAGGUGACCGUCGAUCAUAUUCACUUGACCGAGAAUUAUGGAUGUGAUAAGCGCUAACGACGUCCAUGAGUCCCACACUCCGCUCUCUGCAAAUCGUGAUUUUCUGCAAAUCUCGUGCAACUGGCGGAUUACUAAUGACAAACAGUUUUACCAUGCUAUUAGCACUGCGCCAAUGUUGCACGCACCUAAAAGAAUAAACUGUGAAGACAUAGUGUCUUUGGACACUUGCAUCGCUCUGCAAUCAACAGACUCUGAAUCAACAGAACCUUGCAUGAUAGACAUCAAAGUGACAAAUUAUCAGAAAAUAGCACGUGUUGCUGUUGUUUCCGAGGCCAACGUUCUGGAAUUCUUCAAGCAAUCUGGAGAAUAUGAGACAACGAUAUUCGCAGAUUUUAUAGAUGAAUUUGAGGAUAAUUCUGUAUACUUAGCAGAAACAGCUAUACAACCUCCUACUACUGAAGCUAGUAUUAAGUUUACCAGAACAAAAAACAAAGGCACAACAAUGUGGAUAUAUGGUAUAAGACUUAUUCUGACAGAUGCAGUGAAAGAGAAGGAAACAGAUGUUUUUAAUUAUGAUGUCAUUCAGACUUUUCUCAGUAAUGUGAAUGGAAAGCCACACAGAGGAGCUGACAUGGCAAGGAAAGUACUUGAGUGUUUCAAUGCACAAGAAAUCAUAAACAAUGAAGAGUUUUGUCAGAAAAAUCUGGAAACUCUUGCUUUGGACUCACUAGCAAAUUCUCUCAAAUGCAAAAAUGGAAUUCUAAAGAGUGAUAAUGAAAAGGAAAAUUCAAACUCCAUGGAUGAUUCUAAACAUUUGGAUACAGAUGUCAGAACAUAUAUUGACAACAAAUUUUAUGACAUGGAAAGGAGAUUGAUGAAAAGAAUAGAUGAGAUGGAAGCCAAUACUAAUCAAAGAUUGGAUGCUAUCUUAAGAAAGCUUGAAACACAAUUGAAUAUUUGAAGUAAAUGUUAACUUUGAGUUUUGACUUUUGAUACUUAAUGAAACAUGUAUUUAUAUAAUGUGAAUAGAAUAAUAUAUAAAAAUAAUGUAUCUAAUAAAAUUUUAAUAAGAUAGAUAUAUAUAUAUAUAUAUAUAUAUAUAUAUAUAUAUAUAAACAUGAUAUAAGUAAGAUGAUUAGUUUUAUAACUCUUAAUUCAACACAAAUAUUUGAGUUUCUUUAACCAAGUAUAAAGUGUAAUAUUUUUUUAUUUAUAUUAGAAUAAUUUACUUUAUUCACAUAUUAUACAAUUAAUUACUGUAUCACAUUUCUAAAUUCCGUAUAAAAAAAAUUAUAUAAAACAUUGCACACAAUUUCAAAUUCAUGUUAACAAUACACUUGUGACUUAUAUGGAUUAGUUUAUUUAUCUUAAUUUAGCUAUGGAAGUCUGUAAAAGUUGCUCUAAGAGCUAUUGUAUACACUAUGUUCACACAGUAACCUAAAGCCAGUUUAUCAACAGCUUCAAUCUACAUUACAUAACCAAUGUAAAAACAAUUUGAUUUCUGUUGUAACUAUUUAUUUAUUAUGACUGUAUGUUAUGUAAUUGUAUAUACGUUUUAUAACACAACAUAUUGCUGAUGAUAUAUUACUCACAAAAUUAUUUUGUAUAGACUAGGAAUGUAUUGAUCUUAUCUCAUUAUUGAUCAUUUAUACCAAAAGUGCUGGGAUUAAGUGAAGAAUCUUAACCAAUCAUAAUUUACUGACACUUUCUAUUAAGGAUAAUGUUUUUGUUACAACUUUUUAUAUAACACACUAGUAGUUACAUCAGAAAUCAAUUUUGUGCUAAUAAAAACAUAAAUUGCAAUAUCUGCAUAGAUGUUAUCAAAUUAGUUUUAGGUUAUCAUUUGAACAUGGUUCAACAUAUUAGUGGCAGUUAUACAAAGUCGAUUAUUUAUAUAUAAUUAGGUUUUCCAUAUUAUAAAAUAUAUAUCGUAUAUAUGAAAACAUAAAAACCUGCAGUGAUUCUUAUAUUUAAUGUAUGAUUAUUUAUGUUUACAAGUGUAUUGUAAAUUAUAACAAGUACUAAGAAAUAAUAUGCAACAAAUAAGUAUUAAGAAACUAAAAAAUGAUUAAGAACCACGAUCACAAUAUAAAUAAAAAGAAUGAUUUGUA